AUGAAUUUACAAAAGCUCAAAUCUUUUAGAAAGCUUCAAACAUCUUAUAACAAUCAAUCCUGUUCGCUACAGUGCUUUGCUUCUACAACUGAGCCCAAAGCUCAUAAUGAUUUCUUCGAACAUGGUGUCUUCCGUGAUGCACUCGACCCGCUCGACGGAAUGCCCCAGAGAGAUAUUGAUGCUUCUAAUCACAACCACCUGCUUUUCGAAUAUGCUCGAACCAAUAACAACGCUCAAGCUCUAAAACACUUUUUAGGAAUUCGUCGUUUGGGUUUACCAGUUAACGGGGCAAGCUUUUCUUGUGUUCUUAAAAUAUGCGGAAGCUUCUGCGAUCAAAUAAUAGGCAAGCAAAUACAUUGUGAUUGUAUUAAACACGGGUUUGUUGAGGAUGUUAGCGUUGGCACUUCCCUCAUUGAUAUGUACACAAAAACUGAAUCGAUUUCAAUGGCUGAGAAGGUAUUCGAUGAAAUGCCUGACCGAAAUGUGGUGUCUUGGACUUCAAUGCUUACCGGGUAUUCACUAAAGGGGCUUCAUGAUCAAGCUAUAGACCUUUUUCUACAAAUGCAAAUUGAAGGAAUCAAGCCUAACCCAUUCACAUUUGCUACUGUUCUUGGAGCUUUAGCUGACAAUGGUGCAGUUGUGAAAGGGAUGCAAGUUCAUACCAUGGUUGUCAAAUUUGGCUUUGAGCUAACUACAUAUGUGUGUAAUUCUUUGAUUAGUAUGUAUUCAAAAUCAGGAAUGAUCAAAAGUGCAAGAUCAGUAUUUGAUUAUAUGGAGGUUAGAGAUGCAGUUUCAUGGAAUGGAAUGAUAGCAGGUCUUGUUAAAAACUUGCAAGAUUUACCUGCCCUUGAUCUCUUCCUUAAAAUGAGACUUUCAGGGGUAAAACUGACACAACCCAUCUUUGUUACAAUACUAAAAGUAUGUGCUAACAUCAAAGAAAUACGUUUAUCUAAACAACUUCAUUCCAUUCUUUGGAAAAACGGAAUGGAAUCAGAUCCUAAUCUUAGAACUGCACUCAUGGUUUCCUACACAAAAAGCUUCGAAAUGGAUGACACAUUGAAACUAUUCAACUCAAUGAGUGGAAUCAAGAAUGUGGUGACAUGGACAGCUAUGAUUGGUGGAUACAUAAAAAACGGGGACAUGAUAAAAGCAGUGAAUAUCUUUCAACAAAUGAGAAAGCAAAAUGUUUGGCCUAAUGAAUUCACCUAUUCCACUAUCCUUACUUCUCACCAGAUAAUUUCUCCUUCUCAAAUUCAUGCAGAAGUUAUAAAAACAAAUUAUGAAUCAUCAACUUCAGUUGGAACAGCUCUUUUAGAUGCUUAUACAAAGCUAGGAAACAUGAGUGACGCGAUCAAAGUUUUUCAUCAAAUUCAAGAAAAAGAUAUAGUCACAUGGUCAGCUAUUUUAUCAGGAUAUGCACAAUCAGGAGACAUUGAUGAAGCUAUACGAGUGUUUCUUGAGUUACAAAACAACAAAAUCACACCAAAUGAAUUCACAUUUUCCAGUAUCCUCAACGCAUGUGCAACUCCAAAUGCAGCAAUUGAACAUGGGAAACAGUUUCAUGGGAGAGUAUUGAAAUCAGGAUAUGAAAUCGCGUUAUGUGUAAGUAGUGCUCUUGUUACAAUGUAUGCAAAAAAAGGAAACAUCGAAAGUGCAAACAAAGUUUUUGAAAAACAAUCGGAAAAGGAUUUAGUGUCAUGGAAUUCGAUGAUUUCAGGGUACGCACAACAUGGAUAUGGAAAAAAAGCGUUAGAAAUAUUUGAAGAAAUGCGAAAAGAAAACAUAAAAAUGGAUGAUAUAACAUUUAUCGGUGUAAUUUCCGCAUGUACACACGCAGGAUUAGUUAACGAAGGUGAAAAAUACUUUGACUUGAUGGUUGACCAUGGAAUUGAGGCAACAUCGGAGCAUUAUUCAUGUAUGGUUGAUUUAUACAGUCGAGCUGGUUUUAUAAAAAAAGCCAUGAAUUUUAUAGAUAAUAUGCCGAUUGUUGCAGGAGCAACGAUUUGGCGUUCGAUUCUUGCAUCGUGUCGCGUUUUUAAGGAUUUGGAAUUGGGGAAAAUUGCAGGAGAUAAGUUGAUGGAAUUAUCGCCACAAGAUUCGGCUUCUUACGUGUUGUUAUCCAAUCUAUAUGCGACAAGUGGCGAUUGGAAGGAGAGAGAGAAGGUUAGGAAGUUGAUGGAUGAGAGGAAUGUGAAGAAGGAAGCGGGAUCCAGUUGGAUUGAGAUUAAGAACAAGACGUAUUGGUUUGUGGCUGGUGAUGUGUCGCAUCCUUUAUCGGAUUUGAUAUAUGGGAAAUUGAGGGAAUUAGGGUUGAAGAUGAGGGAUGAAGGGUAUGUAGCGGAUAUGAGUUAUGUGCUUCAUGAUGUUGAAGAUGAGGGAAAAGAGGAGAUUUUGAAUGGGCAUAGUGAGAGAUUGGCUGUUGGGUUUGGGUUGAUUGCAACGGGUCGUGGUGUUUUGUUGCAAAUUAUGAAGAAUUUGAGAGUUUGUGGUGAUUGUCAUACUGUUUUAAAGUUUAUAUCGAAGAUUGAAGAGAGGGAGAUUAUUGUUAGGGAUUCGAUUCGGUUUCAUCAUUUUAAAGAUGGUGAAUGCUCUUGUGGAGAAUAUUGGUGA